UGGUGCCUUUGUCGCCUCCCUAUAGUCGGCAGUCACACAUCGUCCGUACACAUCGUUCGCAGGCUGCUCAAGACCUGAAGCUUUGAACAAUGAAGCUCGUGGACGGCAUGGUAUACGCGGGCACGUGACUUCCGUCUGCGUGCGCCGUCGGGGUUGGGCUGCCGGGCAUCGGCCCGCGAGACGCAACACAGUGAGCGGGGAGUAACAAGGGCAGCGGUGGCCACCUAUGUACGCGGCCUUCAGAUCUCUGUGCGUGCUCGAACUUGAGACGAAGCCUAACUUAGCCGCCGCCAACCGAGCUGGCCAUGCUCUCGCUCUUGGCCCGCGUGGAUUGACAGGGCGCUGUCGCGGCUGCGGGGUUCUUGACGGUGAUCGUCAUAUGUCGAUAGGCACCUGCGGAUCGCGUAUGCGAGGGGGCGGGGCCUGGUAUCCAGAUGCGGCUCUACGCAAUCGCCAGCCCAGGUUGACCGAAGGUCCAGAAAGUGUGUCGUACCUUCGCCCCACAGGUCGCGCCAUUCCAGGGCGGUGGUGGUGCUCGUGCAGUGCUCACUGCACACGAAACGCCAGCCAGGCCAGGUGCAGCCCUGUGCAGCCCAGCAGCCACCAGAACUCGCCCGAGCGAACCGGCCCGUCCGAGGCUGCGGGCCUGUGGUGCCUCAUCGCACAUCUCGAUCACCGGCAUCUCGAUCGAGUCCGCGUGGUUGCUCGCCGGAAGGUGGCGGAAGGUCGGGAUCAUCAGUGCGCCCGCGUCCUCCAACGCAGUUUUCAGUCCCAUGUGUCCGCCCUGUUGCGCCAUACGAAGCUCCAUCGAAAAAUUGUCGCCAUGUUAGGGAAUACCCGACAUCCCUUUGCAAGCCAGUUCAUCAUGGAGAAACCGCAGGAAACAUCCAGGCACGGUGGGUCGACUUCAGGCUCAUCUGCGCAUGUGGGGGAGCUCACCGUGCCUUGGCCGCUGUGGCUCGAAUGGAGAUUAGCUCGUCAGUGGCUCCCUGCCCAAGUCUGCCCAGCGCAAGCCAAGCCCUUCUCUCCAUGGAUCCACCGGACUAGGCAACGCGGCUGCUGAUAAGACCGGUCUGAUGCCCAGAUCCGCAUCGCCAGACGUUCGUUUUAUAUUGCCCGCCCCCGCGCCCGAGGUUUUCUUCAGCUCUCAAGUCUCACCCCGAAGCCCUCACCAUGCCUGGCGACGCUACCGACGCCUACGCGGCUGACAAGCUUGACCCUGCCUUGAUCGACGGCAGCGGCGAUCCCAAGCGGCUCUCGGUGCA